UCUCUCUUUUUAGUGAAGGAAGUUACAGAGAAAGAGAUAAACAAACAGAGCCAGAAAGCAGGACACUUUCUAGAAAAGAAGCCAAAUUUAUUCAUGGGUAUCUCCAAAGAUUUGAUUUUUCUACUUCUUUUACUUAUCUUCUUCUCUAAAGAUGUUUCAAGUGCUACAUUUACAUUUUUGAACAAAUGUGAUUUCACAGUAUGGCCCGGAAUUCUAGGCAAUUCGGGUCUCGACACAACCGGUUUCCAGCUCCAAAAGGGUCAUUCCCGUUCUCUCGAAGCUCCACCCGGCUGGUCUGGUCGUUUCUGGGGUCGAACCGGUUGCAAUUUUGACGGUUCGGGUAAGGGUUCAUGCUCAACUGGUGACUGUGGAUCCGGACAGAUUGAGUGCAACGGAUCCGGUGCAACCCCACCCGCUACUCUAGCAGAAUUCACCCUCGGGUCGGGCUCUCCAGAUUACUACGACGUAAGUCUCGUCGACGGUUUCAACCUUCCGAUGAUUAUCGAAACCAGCGGCAACGGUGGUUGCGAGAAUACGGGUUGUGGGGCGAAUAUUAACACACAAUGCCCGACCGAGCUCCAGAGUGAAAACGGGGACGCGUGUAGGAGCGCGUGUGAGGCGUUUGGGACGCCGGAAUACUGCUGUAGCGGCGCGUUUAGUUCUCCGGCGACAUGCUCGCCGUCGGCGUACUCUCAGAUGUUUAAGGCCGCCUGUCCUAAGUCUUAUAGUUAUGCAUAUGAUGAUGCCUCUAGCACUUUUACAUGCACCGACACAGAUUACAUUAUUACAUUUUGCCCAUUUAGCCAAAGGACAACAUCGCACGAUACUCGAAAAGGCGGAUUUGGUGGUGGGUCAUGGUUAGUGGAUCUUGCCAUAGGGGAAUCGUCCUUAGUACAACCUUGUUUUCUUCUUCAAACAACAUUGUUUUUAGUGACAAUCACGUCUAUUAUGUCCUUGGGGAGACACUUCAAUUAUCGGUUUUAGACCUUUCGAUUGUUACGGGGAAUUUCUUAGAUUAUGACAUUGUUACACAUGUGAAAUGGAUUUUUGUAAUUUAUUAUCUUUUUUUUUAUUUAAAUGUAUUAUUAGACUAGUUUGUUUUAAUUUUUAAUUUUGGAUAACUA